CUUGCGUUCUAACUUACGACACGUUCUAGUUUACAUCUCACCGAGCGCGCUGAAUCAGAUGGCGUCCUGCUCUGUGGUUGGGUGAAGAUUGCGCUCACAUGGCACGCCACAUUUACUCAGCCGUUUCAAGGAUAACCGUGACCACAGCUUGAUCCACUAACCUUCAUCGUCGACUUCUUGGUUGUCAGUCUCUACUCCAUGUCCUUUCACCCUGAUAGAGAACAUGGACCCUCUCUCCGCUGUUGGGCUCGCCAGCAAUAUCCUCCAGUUCGUGGACUUCGCUUCCACACUUGAUCUACAACCAUCCAUAGUGACCUUCGAGCCUCGGCCGACGGUGCAGGAGAUAGGAGCGUCGGCGAACAUCAAACUCUGCGUAUCGAGUCGUCCUAGGAACGUUUUUGAAUCGGCCUUUGGUGCGCAGCCAGAAACAACGUUCCGACUCCACGAGCACACUCAAGAAGACAUAAGACUGUACGUGCACCAGAUUCUUGGACAACACAAGGUCUAUAAACAACUCGAGGCUGAGGACGCCCGGUAUGAGAGAGUGCUCCAAAAUCUCGUUCAGAAGGCGAACGGUGUCUUUUUGUGGGUGUUCCUCGUCGUAAGAAAUCUGGAAGAAUCCCUUCCCAACGAAGAUACAGUCGAGAGCCUGGAGCAAACCAUCGACGAGUUCCCGUCUGAAUUGGAACCCUACUUUGAGCGAAUGCUCGAUACCAUCGCGAGACGAUACCACGAGCGAUCUACAGCCAUAUUGCUUAUGGCGAUGGAAAGCGAGGAUUUACUCCCUUUGGUCCUCGUGGCACACAUUAUGCCUGAGGACGACAAAACAGAAGCUCAAGUCGGAAUCCCCAUAGCGCGCCGCCAUGCUUACUCGUUUCGGAAACUACAUGCAAGGCUGAAGGCUAAUUGCGGCGACCUGGUUACGGUGGUCACAGAACGGAGUGAUGAUUUUGAAGACACAAAGCAAAGAAUCGACUUCCUUCAUCGCACAGUUGAUGACUUCCUUCGUACUCCAUCAGUCCGGAAGAAGCUUCAAGGGCGCGUUCCGGAGUCUUUCGGUCCCUCUACUGCCAUUUACGAAUGUUCCGCGCGCUACCUAGCAUCGACACCUCCCAAGCUGGCUAUAACCCAUCCGGUUGUACAGCUCCUCCUCCGCAACGCAUCGAAACUCGAAAGAGGGCAGGCAUCCUACAACCUUGGCCCCCUUGACACAUGCAAGGCGGCCCUCGUGCAGGCCAGAACUUCAGCUAAGGAUUUCAUGGAAGCUGCCAUCUCUCACUUUCUCUACUCGUACGUCGACCAGCGGAUUGAAGAACCCGAGUUCGACGCCACCUACGCACUGAAGUACCUCGCCUUCGACCCACAGAGUAAAAGCCACGGGCGCGCCACCGAGUGCCCCGUAUGCUACGCAUCUUGUUCGAGCACGGCGCAAACCCCAACGCGUGCAUGGCGGAUUCGCCGAACAGAGUUACGCAACAGCUGUGGAAGGAACACACAAUUUGGACCGCUAGUCAUGUUAAUCAGCGACAAAGUUAACAUCGAAAGUAGCACUCGCAACUCGAGGCUGUUACAUGCGAGAUAUUUCUUGAGUACGGUGCAGGCUAUGAUAUUUCGCUUGGAUCUGACGGUACGGUGCGCGAUGUCCUUCGGCGCCGUUUCAGAGACAUGCCCGAGCAAGUCGAACGGUACGAACGGUUUGCGCGGCAAUGGCGGAGGAGAGAUCGUCUCUUCUGGUAGAUAA